AUGGUGGACUUUAUAGAAGAAACUGCUACUAAGGUCGUAAACUUUUUUGCGGGUGAAAGUUCAUCACCUGCAGAUAUUCCAAAGACCUUUCGUUAUGAUUCAUUCGCAAAGGUUAGAGAAAAAGCUUUUGCGAAAUGGUAUGUCAAUGGCAAGGAUUACUUUUAUGCCGUUUCAGAGGCCAUCUCUAAUGCUAAAAGGGAGAUCUUCAUCGAAGAUUGGUGGCUUUCUCCUGAGUUGUAUCUUCGUAGACCUCCUUACAAGAAUGAGCACUUUCGGCUUGAUAAACUUCUUAAGAGGAAAGCAAAGGAAGGCGUAAAAGUUUAUGUCGUCCUUUAUAGAGAACUGGAGCAAGCCUUGACUUUGAACUCAAAACAUAGUAAACAGGUUUUAAUAAGUGAGCUGGAUGAAAAUAUUCUUGUGCAAAGACAUCCUGCUCAUGGAAUUGAUGGUACAUUCUUUUGGGCGCAUCAUGAGAAAAUUUGUGUUAUUGAUCGCCAUAUUGCCUUCAUUGGUGGAUUGGACUUGUGCCUUGGUCGUUAUGAUACAGGUAGACACCAACUUGCUGACUUUUCUAAAAUAUCCGACUACUAUUCCAUCUGGCCCGGUCAAGAUUAUUCCAAUCCAAGAGUCUUUGAUUUUAUUGAAGUGGAUAAGUGCUUUUCAAAAUUAAUUGACAAAAAUUACGUUGCACGUAUGCCAUGGCAAGAUGUCUCAAUGGGUUUUGUUGGAAAACCGGCACAAGAUGUUGCUGAACAUUUUAUUCAGCGUUGGAAUUUUAUUAAAAAGAAAAAGAAUGAAAACAAAAUUAUAUAUCCUGUCUUGAUUGCUAAGUCCGAUGCUCAGUACAAUCGUGAGUACAUGAAGGAGCAUAACUCCCUAGUAAGAGAAUACACUUCUUGUGGAAAAACCGUAAAUUUACACCCAGACGAGGGUACUUGUUGUAUUCAAGUUUUGAGAAGUAGCGCCGCUUGGAGUCUCGGUCUUAGUCAAACUGAGCAUUCUAUCCAGAAUGCUUACAUUGAUGUUAUUACAAACGCUAAGCACUUUAUUUAUAUCGAAAAUCAAUUCUUCAUUACUGCGACAAAAUACUCUGCAGAUUUUCCUGUCAAGAAUCAAAUCGGAAAGGCUAUUGUAGAUAGAAUUUUAAGAGCCCACAAAAAUAAUGAAAAAUUCAGAGUUAUUGUUAUAAUGCCAUUGAUUCCGGGUUUCCCUGCUGAACUUAAUUCUUCUGAUGCCGGUGUACCUCGUCUCGUCAUGCAUUACCAAUAUACGUCUAUUUGUCGUGGAGGUCAUUCUAUCAUCGAAACUUUAAUUAAAUCUGGUUGUGCUAAUCCACAUGAUUACAUUGGUUUCUAUGCACUUCGAAAUUAUGAUAAAAUUGUCCACCCAGCUGUCAAAUGUGGUCUUGGUGUUCUAGAUUACGAAAUCGAUGCUCCAGCUCUCGAAAAAUGGUACGAUAAUCCAAAUGCUGACCCUUCCUUUAAAGAUUAUAAAUAUUCAAAAUCUCAGCAGCACCACCACCAGAGACCUCAUAUUGAUGAAAAUGAUUGCACUUAUGUUACUGAAGAGUUAUAUAUUCACUCAAAACUCUUGAUUGCUGAUGACAGAAUUGUUAUCAUGGGUUCAGCCAAUUUGAACGAUAGAUCGCAAAAUGGUGAUCAUGAUUCAGAAAUUGCUGCUGUUAUUGAAGAUAAAAAUUAUAUACAGUCUCGUAUGGCUGGAGGAUAUUGGCAAGCUGGAAAAUUUGCCGCCACACUUCGUCGUCACAUCUUCAAGCAGCAUCUUGGUUUAGAAGUCUAUGAAAGCCAUGACGAAGUUAACACUCACUCUCAUCCACCACCUAUUGAAUCUGAUUACCCUGUUGAUCCUCAAAACCUUAGUCACGCAGAUAGAAUUGUUGAAGAUCCUCUUUCAGAAGAAUUUUAUGAAAAAUAUUGGUGGCAUACUGCUAGUCAAAAUACUGAGAGUUUCCGUAAAGUGUUCCAUUGUUAUCCAGAUGACACUGUCACAAACUGGGAUGAAUUUAAUGCAUUUGUUCCGGAUCGUAAAAAGGUUCCACUCGGACACAUAACAGAAUCAGCCAGACAAAAUAUGGAACAAACCAAAGCAGAAUUACAAAAGAUUAAAGGCCAUUUAGUUUUAUUCCCAUUGAAUUUCCUAAGGGAUGUGACAUUAUCAGGUUCUGUUGUAUUUGAUGCCGUUACUCCUAUGGAAUUAUUUACUUAG